CACAAUUGUUUGCAGCGAUGUACCGAGCCAACAAGAGUGGGUAUGCCCACUUUGACGAGCGUAACCUUGGCGGGCGGAGUCAGGUGGGGGCCGAACUCAAACGCUUCCAGGCGGUGGUCUUGUCGCCCAAACCGUCUCCUGAAAUCACUCCGCGCGAUGCCCAGUCGUAUGUGUACUUGCAUGCAAGGAAGCGCCCUGAAGUGGACCAUUAUCCGCCACCUCCAUGCUAUCCACCAGGCUACACUCUUGUGAGCAACAUUGAUGCCAUUUGGAAAUGCAGUUCGUACCAACAACGCCAAGACUACCGCGACCAUUGCCAGCGCCUGGCUCACUUGACUCAACACAUUCACGAUCACAGCGCCCACAGUCACGAGCGGCGGAAUGCCAGUCUGGUGCGAACAAAUUUCCCUGCCAUGCACCCCAGCACCCGGCGGAUUGAGAGUCCUCGGCCUCCUCGAACCGCGCGGCCCCGAUCGUGCGGCCCCACGAUGCGUUCCAAGCCCGUCGUCCAGCCAGUGACGCCAGUGGUCAUCCCCAACAACUCGAGCAGCAGCCAGUACCGCAAUAAGUUGCUCGCGUACAUUCGACAAAUUCAAUCGGAGGAUGUCAACCUUGAUCACGACUACGACCGUUCCCAUAUCACCACCCCACACCUGGCGGCCGGCACGUCCGUCCCGCCUGCCGACGAGCCAGUCCAAAGGACCCUUCCACUGGGUUGGGACACAGCCGUAGACUCAAAAGGCCGCCGGUAUUACAUCGAUCACGUCCGCAAACAAACGACGUGGGACGCACCCCCUGAGCAUAUAAUCAAAGCCCCCACUGUUAACGAAAAUACCAAGUAA